AAGGAGCAUGGGGCUGAGUGUAGGUGGGGGGGAGAAAGAGCAAGCUGCCUUCUCUGCGCUCAAAACUUUUCUGUGCUCAACCCAUAUCCUUCGCAUCGCCGAUCCUCACCGUCCGUUCGAAGUCAUCACUGGCGUUAGUGACAUCGCCAUCGGAGCAAUGUUGUUACAUGAAUUUGGCCACGGCCUACAGCCAAUCGCAUACGAGUCACGGAAGUUACACCUGCACGAGCUAAGCUGUCUGAUACAUGACAAAGAGAUGCUCGCGAUUGUGCAUGACUUGAACAUUUGGCGGUUCUAUUUGACGGGCGCGGACGUGACAAUACGGACAGACCAUCGCACCCUACAGUACAUUCGUGCACAGCCACUGCUCAACCCACGACAGAUUUGGUGGUUGGAUUUUAUGGAAUCCAAUUUCCACUACACUGUCAGCUACAAAAAUGGGGCAUCCAACAUCACAGACCCCCUUUCUCGCCCAUCUGCCCAUCUCAACUCAUUCAUCCUUACCCAAAAUUCCCACUAUUCACAUGCCUGGGGCAUGACGAAGGGAAGGGUGGUGGGGGUGGUGGGGGUGGUGGGGGUGGUGGGGGUGGUGGAGGUGGGGGCGGGGACGGUGGACGUGAAGCGAACUGACACCGGGUUCUUAGCAAUAGCAACAGAGGCGGAGAACGACAGGGAGAGAACCUCGGAACCUCCAGGAAAGAUCAAGGAAUUAUUGAAGGAGUUCCAAGACAUUCUUCCGGACGAUCUUCCGAACGAGCUACCGCCAUACCGAACGCAUCAACACGAGAUCGUAGAGGAACCGGGUUCGAAGCCGACCUUUCAAGCACCAUAUCGGCUCAGCCCUACGGAGCUGACCGACAUGAAAAAACAGAUCGAGUAUCUCCUAGCCAAAGGACUCAUCCGACCAUCCACUUCGCCGUACGGUGCCCCAGUACUCUUCACACCGAAACCGGACGGAAGCCUGCGCAUGUGCAUCGACUUCCGAGCUCUUAACAAGCAGACCAUCAAGAAUAAAUAUCCGAUACCGCGAAUCGAUGACCUGCUUGACCAGCUUCGGGGAGCUACGGUAUUUUCCAAACUGGAUCUGCGGUCCGGAUACUGGCAGAUACGGAUGGCGGAAACCUCUAUCCACAAAACUGCUUUCCGAACUCGGUAUGGAUCGUACGAGUAUUUGGUAAUGCCAUUCGGACUCACCAACGCACCGGCAACAUUCCAAGCCGAAAUGAACCACAUUCUACGACCACUUUUGGACGAAUGCGUGGUGGUGUACCUGGACGACAUACUUAUUAAAAACCCAAAUUUUCUUGACGCGCUUUGCGAGUUUUUUAAACAUGAACUGGAGUUCUUGGGUCACGUGAUUUCCAUCGACGGUGUUAAAAUCGACCCCAAGAAAAUCGCGACAAUCCAAGAUUGGAAGCCGCCAGCUAAUCUCCGCGAACUUCAAAAUCCUCACCAUCCAUUUGAGCUCAUCACCGACGCUAGUGAUCUGGCCGUUGGCACAGUCCUCUUACAAGACUUCGGCGAAGGCCUACAACCGAUCGCCUACGAGUCACGGAAGUUGAACACGGCCGAACGAAAUUAUCCUGUCUACGACAAGGAGUUACUCGCCAUCAUUCACGUUUUCAAAGUCUGGCGCUGCUACCUGACGAGCACUUCUGUAACAGUCCGAACAGACCACAAAGUCACCUACAAACGAGGGACGGUCAAGCAAGGGGCCUAUUAUCUAAAAUCCGAUUCCAUUCGGAUUUGGGUUCCCACCUACCGUACCCUACGGGAGUUACUGAUCCAGGAGGCACAUGACUCGAAUUUAUUGGGUCACUACGGCAUCGACAAACCCGCAAAAUUAAUAAGCCGUAACUAUUACUGGCCUGACCCACCGACAGACGUGCAGCAGUACGUCACCUCCUGUGCCACGUGUCAAUGCAUGAAGUCUUCCCGACUUCGACCCGCUGGAUUGCUGCAGCCGCUCGAGCCACCCAGCCGACCCUGGCAACAAGUGGCCUGCCAAAUGGUUCAAGCGGUAAUGACGCGAUCCUCUCUUCGCCCUAUUGAGGGUGCGGUCGGGUCGCGGGUUGCGGACGUGUCGACGGGUGCGGUCAUGGCAAGGCCUGCGGUCGUGACAUCACCGGAGGAUGCGGAGGGAUAUUCAGCGCCGAGAGUGAUUGUGCCAGAGGGCAAGGGCUGGCGACAAUGCUGGUCGUACGUAGGUCCGGGCUUUCUUGUCGCCAUCGCUUAUAUUGACCCCGCUAACUUUGAGAGCGAUUUGAAGGCGGGAGCAGCAUACAAAUACACGCUCCUCUGGGCGCUGCUGCUGGCCUCGUUAGCGGGCCUCUUCAUUCAAUCACUCUCAGCCAACCUCGGUAUUGUCACGGGCAAGCAUCUGGCCCAGCAUUGUCGCUUGGAGUACCCGUGGGCGCUGAAUUUCGUGCUGUGGCUCAUUGCAGAGCUCAACAUCAUCGCCAGCGACAUUCCGCAAGUCGGUAGCGGGCUGGGCCAACAGUGGUAUCAGAGCCUGGAAGGUCCAGGGUUCGAAUCCCAGUGUGCGCAGAGGAGGCGCCGGGUGCCCUGACGACCCCAGUGAGGGGGAGAUUGUUGGUGGGGCACUGGGAUCGUCCUAGUUGAGUGUGGGAGGGCUACAGGUCCGUCCUGGGGGGUAAUGGGUGCGCUACCCACCAC